AUGAACGACAGCUGUGUGUUUGGUGCUGAGGUUUUCGUGGUCAAAAGAGAAGCAGUCACUGAAUGUUUGUCUCUGAAUAGUGUUCACCCUCCUCCUUCGUACAAACAUGAUUGCAAAAUUUCAAACUUCAAAAAAUUGGAAGGCAGGUGGGAAUCUGAAGAAUUCUCUGCCGGAGGCCACAAAUGGUAUGUGUGUGUCCACCCAAAAGGAAAUAAAGAAGCAACUGGUAAGGCUGUCUCUAUCUACUUGCAUUAUCUUGGUUCCAAUGUCUCUACACAUUUUGGAAGAGUGAAAACAUCUUUUACCAUAAGCGUAAUAAAUCAUGGUUACUGUGCACACAAGAAACGAACUACAACUUGUUCGUUUUCGGCUUCCUGGGCUAGUUUGGGAUGGGAUUCGUUCAUUGAUCUUGCUACUAUUAAUGAUCCUAAACAAGGGUUCUUAGUGAGAGAUUGUAUUCGUGUAAGUGUCGAGAUCUCCUUCCUAAACAGCGCACUAACCUUCAACUCAUCUUGGAUUUAG